AUGAUAUUAAAACAAAUGAGGGACACUACUAAUAUGAACUAUGACACUAUUGAAGGUUGCAAUCAAAUUUUACGUCUAAUAGAUCUAAAAUUGCUGUGCUUACUAAAUAUAUGGAAUAAAAUACUUACGCAUAUCGAUAAAACCAAUAAGACUUUGCAAACUAAAGAUAUUACAAUUGAUAUGGCAAGUAAAAUGUUAAACGGUUUGUAUAAUUCUGUUCAAGAAAUUCGUGAUAACAAUUUUGAGGAUUCAUUAAAAAAUGCAAAGAAUACUGCUAUCGAAAUGAAACUGUCACCUGAAUUUCUAGAAAAACGAAGGCAUAAAAUAAAACGUAUGGAUGGAGAAAAAGCAAUAGAUGAUGGUGCAACAUCCGUCCACGCCAAAAUAAAAAAUGAUUUUUACGUGGCAGUUGACUCAAUCUUAUCGAGUUUAAAAUGGCGAUUUAAAACUAUUUUAUCUAAUGACUUUCAAUUUUUAUGUGGAAGUAAGCUAUCGUCAAUGGAUUUUGAUGAAAUUAAAAAAUGGACUAACGAUUUAGCAAUCAAAUACGACAAAGACCUCAAUGGAUUCGAGCUUUGCUCUGAAAUGGAAUGUUUUAAACACCAGGCUUCUGCACUGAUGACCAAUUUCAAAAUUACUGCACCGAUUGAUUUAUUAAAAUUUAUUCAUAAACAAAACUUACAAGAUAUUUAUCCUAACCUAGAAAUAGCGUUAAGAAUAUUUCUCACUAUUCCAGUAACAACCGCUAGUUGUGAAAGAAGUUUUAGUAAACUUAAACUAAUAAAAAAUUAUUUAAGAUCAACUAUUGGACAAGAGAGACUAACAAGCAUGGCAAUUUUAUCCAUAGAACAUGAAUUUGCUAGACAAAUUUCAUAUGACGAAAUCAUCGAUGAAUUCUUAAGCCUUAAAGCAAGAAAAGAAAAUUUUUAA